GAAGAAGAAGAAGUCGCCUACAGAGGUGACGUCAGUGGGUUAUUCACAGCCGCAUACAAACAGCGUUCCAUAGCAUAGCAGACAUAGGGGUCCCUCCCUACUCCAAGUGCAAGUCCAGAGUACAGUACUGUGCAGCCGGUGCGUCAACAUGACUUCCACUUUUUGAAUGGAUGUCCUUUUAAAUAUACAUUUCUGAUGAAUAGUCCACUUGCUUCGUUUUCCGAAGAGGGAAGAGAUUGACCUAACUCAACCAGCAUUCACGGGUGCGGCAUCUGUUUGCCUCCGACAGGCACAGAGCGACCCGGCGCUUCUCCUGUUGUAAGCACAGCUAGCUAGCAGGAUCUUGUCAGUUGUGACUUUCCAUCAGCGGCGAAGAUGGCGGACCCGGCCGAGUGCACCAUCAAAGUGAUGUGCCGUUUUAGACCAUUGAACAGUUCAGAGGUGGCAAGAGGGGAUAAAUACAUACCAAAGUUUACAGGGGAGGAUCAAGUGUCUAUCUCGGGUAAACCGUUCAUGUUUGACCGAGUGUUCGGGUCCAAUACGACACAGGAGCAGAUGUACAAAGCCUCUGCUCAAAAGAUUGUUAAAGAUGUCCUUGAGGGCUACAACGGGACUAUAUUUGCCUUUGGGCAGACAUCGUCUGGAAAAACACACACCAUGGAGGGUAGCCUCCAUGACCCGGAUGGUAUGGGGAUCAUCCCCAGAAUAGUCCAGGACAUCUUCAACUACAUCUACUCAAUGGACGAGAACUUGGAGUUCCAUAUCAAGGUUUCAUAUUUUGAAAUUUACCUGGACAGGAUCAAGGACCUACUGGAUGUAACAAAGAACAACCUGUCUGUACAUGAGGAUAAAAACAGGGUGCCCUAUGUCAAGGGGUGUACCGAGCGCUUUGUUUGCAGCCCCGAGGAGGUCAUGGAUACUAUUGACGAGGGCAAAUCCAACCGACACGUGGCCGUCACAAACAUGAAUGAGCACAGCUCCAGAAGUCACAGUAUCUUCCAGAUCAACGUGAAGCAGGAGAACACUGCUACAGAGCAGAAACUCAGCGGCAAGCUCUACCUUGUCGAUCUGGCCGGUAGUGAAAAAGUGGGUAAAACUGGAGCUGAGGGAGCGGUGCUGGAAGAAGCUAAAAACAUCAACAAAUCCCUGUCUGCGCUGGGCAACGUCAUCUCUGCCCUUGCCGAAGGCUCGACCUAUGUCCCUUACAGAGACAGUAAGAUGACCCGUAUCCUGCAGGACUCUCUGGGUGGUAACUGUAGGACCACCAUGGUCAUCUGUGCCUCGCCCUCCGCCUACAACGAAGCUGAGACAAAGUCCACACUGAUGUUCGGCCAGCGAGCUAAGACCAUUAAGAACACAGUGUGUCUGAAUGUGGAGCUGACAGCAGAACAGUGGAAGAAAAAGUAUGAAAGAGAGAAGGCGAAGAACACAACCCUGAGGGGCACCGUCACCUGGCUGGAGAACGAACUCAACCGCUGGAGAAAUGGUGAGAGUGUGCCGGUGGAGGAGCAGUUUGACAAGGAGAAGGCUAACGCUGAGGUCCAGGCUCUAGACAACGUGGUGAACAAUGAGAAGAUGGCCCCCUCACCCAACAUUCCAGGGGUUAAACUGACCGACGCAGAGAAGGAGAAGUGUGAGGCUGAGCUGUCUAAACUCUACAAGCAGCUGGAUGAUAAGGAUGAUGAGAUCAACCAGCAGAGCCAGCUGGCAGAGAAACUAAAGCAGCAGAUGCUAGACCAGGAAGAGCUGCUGGCCUCAUCACGUCGCGACCACGACAACCUGCAGGUAGAGCUGAACCGUCUGCAGUCCGAAAAUGAGGCGUCUAAGGAGGAGGUGAAGGAGGUGCUACAGGCCCUGGAGGAGCUGGCUGUUAACUAUGACCAGAAGAGCCAGGAGGUGGAGGACAAGACUAAGGAGUUUGAGGCUCUCAGCGAGGAGCUUAACCAGAAAUCGAGUAUCCUGGUGUCCAUCGACUCUGAGCUGCAGAAGCUGAAGGAGAUGACCAACCACCAGAAGAAGAGGGUCACUGAGAUGAUGUCAUCGCUGCUCAAAGAUCUGGCUGAGAUCGGCAUCGCUGUGGGCAGCAAUGACAUCAAGCAACAAGAGGGCAGUGGUCUGAUAGACGAGGAGUUCACGGUGGCACGUCUGUACAUCAGUAAGAUGAAGUCGGAGGUGAAGACCAUGGUGAAACGCAGCAAGCAGCUGGAGAGCACUCAGGCCGAGAGCAACGAGAAGAUGGACGAGAACGAGAAGGAGCUGGCCUCCUGUCAGCUACGCAUCUCGCAGCACGAGGCUAAGAUCAAGUCCCUGACAGAGUACCUUCAGAACGUGGAGCAGAAGAAAAGACAGCUGGAGGAGAACGUAGACUCUUUGAAUGAGGAACUAGUCAAGAUCAGCGCUCAGGAGAAAGUUCAGGCUAUGGAGAAGGAGAACGAGGUCCAAACUGCCACCGAAGUCAAGGAGGCAGUUGAGCAUCAGAUCCAGUCUCACCGUGAGGCCCAUCAGAAACAGAUCAGCAGCCUGAGAGAUGAGCUGGACAACAAGGAGAAACUCAUCACUGAGCUCCAGGAUCUGAACCAGAAGAUCAUGCUGGAACAGGAGCGUCUGCGGGUGGAGCACGAGAAACUCAAAUCCACCGACCAGGACAAGAGCCGCAAGCUUCACGAGCUCACGGUGAUGCAGGACAGGAGAGAGCAGGCCAGACAAGAUCUGAAGGGACUGGAGGAGACUGUGGCUAAGGAGCUCCAGACUCUCCACAACCUCAGAAAACUGUUUGUUCAGGACCUGGCUACCAGAGUCAAGAAGAGCGCUGAGAUGGACUCCGAUGAUACAGGGGGCAGUGCUGCUCAGAAACAGAAGAUCUCCUUUCUGGAGAACAACCUGGAACAGCUUACGAAGGUCCACAAACAGCUGGUGCGUGAUAAUGCAGACCUGCGCUGUGAGCUUCCUAAACUGGAGAAGCGUCUGCGUGCUACGGCUGAACGGGUCAAGGCCUUGGAGUCGGCCCUGAAGGAGGCCAAAGAGAACGCCGCACGCGACCGCAAACGCUACCAGCAGGAGGUGGACCGCAUCAAAGAGGCCGUUAGGGCCAAGAACAUGGCCAGGAGGGGCCACUCUGCUCAGAUCGCCAAACCCAUUCGGCCUGGCCAGCCCCCUGUGGCGUCUCCCACCCACCCCAAUGUCAACCGGACAGGGUUCUUCAACAGCCAGCCCACCGGCAUCAGAGGAGGAGGGGCCAAGCAAUGAGUGGAUAAGAACUUCUGAAGAAGAUAAACAUAAUCACAGUCAGAUGAAGAUACAAAGAUCACCCACAGGAGCUGGCAUUCCACUUGACAGAACUGUCACAUGGGACAAUUCUUCCAGUAUCAAUGUUUAUUUAUAUAUGUAUAAGAUAUAUAUAUAUAUAUGUAAGAAAUAGACACAGGCUGUACAGUUCUUUUUCAUUAUUAUUUUUGUUUUCAUGUAUGAAUGAAAUUGGUUUCCUUACAAAACAAAAGAGAACACGGACAGAGAACAAACAAAACAAAAUAAAUGGUGCAAUCUUGGCGCCUGGCGAAAUGAACAUGUAAAUUAAUAAUGCGUAGCUCUUCCAUUUUAUCUAUCGCACAGCAGUUUGUCCAUUAAUGUCCUAAAAGAUUUGAGUCUGCAUUGUGCCAAGUUUAAAUAUGUCGUCGCAGGUUCUCUAAAAACAAAUAACACACUAAAAGGUUGGAAUCCGUUGAGAAGCAUCCUAGCCUGAUUUUUAUGUACAGUUAUAUCAUCAAAGUAUCCCUCCUGUCUAGAUCAAAAAACGUAUUUUAAAGUUUAAAGGUUUAAAAACACACUACUGGCCUCUAUUGUACAGUUAGAAUGAGCACUGAACUGUUUUCUCUUCACUUGGACAUUUGAUUCUUUUUGGGCUAAAAUGCUGUAGUAGAGCACAUCUUCAGGACCAUGCACCAGUGAUUGACAAAAAAAAGUGUCACCCUAUUCCCUUUUUAUAGUGAACUAGUUUAGUCUAGUCAAAGGUAGUGCACUAAAUGGGGAAUAGGGUGCCAUGUGAGUCGUCCAGUUUUUAAAGAACUGUGAAGAAUGGCAGACAAAUGCAAAAAAAAGUCAAUUUUGUAAUGUAUUAGAACAUUAAGCUGCUUCAAUAUCAUACCUAUGUCCAAGAUAUCCAGUCAAUGUUGAUAUAAUGUAUGAUGAAAUUAUAAUGGUCGAACUGCUAUGUUCCUUAGCUAUGUAUAUCAAUAUUAGCAUAUGCAAGUGACUUGUAUGCCAUUUGGGAAAAACUGCGAAAAUGCCACACCCAUGUGUCCUAUCAAUGAAGAGAAAAUAAUAUCAGUGGAAGGGUUGCUUCUUUGGACCACAAAAAUAUGGUUCUAAAUGGUUGAUUGAUCAGGUCUGAUCAUGAGUUCCUUGAUGCAUUUUGCAAGUUGAUGAUUUUUUGGCACUGUGCCAGCUAUCCCUCCACUGCAUCUAUUAAAUGAAAAUGAUCUAUCUGGAAGAUGACGUUUACACAAAUGUCCUGCAACGAAAUUAAAGAAAUGGGAUAACUUGAUUUUCCAUUGGUCUUUGUGGAAUUGUUUGAGAGACAAGGGGCCAUGAAAUAUUUACCUCCACACUUGAGUUCGACCAAUCAUGAGUUUGUUUAUUUUGAUGUGUGCAAAUUUUGUUUCUGUGCCUACUGCCUAUACAUAGUUGAUAGUUUGGGCAUACAUUGGAUAGAUUUUCUGUUUUUCCUUUAUUUUUCAAUUUUUUUCUUUGUCUGUGUGCCCAAAUCUGUCAACAUGAGUCACCGACUAUUCAACAACCCAACUUUUUCAUAUUCUGACAUAACACUGCACAGGCUAACGAGGCCGGGCUUGCUUGGGGUGGUGAAUUCAGAUAUGCGGCUACACUCCAAUGUCCAAAAUACACUGCAUUGCUUCAUUCUAAGUAACCUUGUCUCCUCCUAAUUUCACAUUGGGAGGAAGUGUCUAGUGAAUGAGAUUACAUUCUAAGUGGUAUGCUAAUGCAGAUAUAGGAACGGAGCCUGUGUCUUAUCCAAGUAGUCAGUCUUCAUAACACCAUCCUUCCUGUACUACAGUAGAUGGAUGCCACCUAUGAGUUAUUUACUGCUGUGCUGGCUGUAGGUAGGGUAUGAGGUUUGGACUAUUUGUUUUUUACUUCCUAAAUUAUGUUUUUUGUUUUGUUUACCAUUGUUAUUGAAAGUCUCCUGACUUUUGGUUUGUCAUUUAUCAUUAUCAGGAUGUAAUCUUUGAAGUUGAGAUUUAACCUAAAGCACUUUUUAAAUGUAUCCUGGAUUAUAACUGUAACCUUCCCUUAAGGAGCUAUUAAAUGCCAUUUCUGUUCCUUUUCUGCAACAAAAAUAAUAAAACAAGUGAAGCAUC